CCUGGAUGACGGGAAAGCAGAGCCCCCACUAAUAACCGCUAACUUUCCAGCCCUGCAGCCCUACGCUCAGCUCUCCUUCCAGCACUCAAAGCUAAAUAGAGCUCAGGCGUCAGACGCGUCUCCCAGCAAAAAAACCACCUUACAAGCAUCUCGCAUCGAAUCUUUCAUCUCGCUGUGAACCUACCAUCCAAAUUCCAGCCACAAUGUCCAUCCCCGGCCUAGGGCACAUAUCCGCCCAGCAAGCCUCCCUCCCAUCAACCCGCACUCUCACCCUCCACCCCUUCUCCGAAUGGCGCUUCCAAAUAUCCGCCACCUCCACCGCCACCUGCCGACUGCUCUCCGGAACCGCCGAGCGCGACGGCACCGAGCUCGCCCAGACAAAAACCUACAACCUCACCCGCUGCCGCUCCAAGAUCGUCACCUUCACGGGCGCCACGCUCGAAAUAACGGGUGAAUUCGAGUCCGAGCACGUAAAACACUACCCCCAUUCUGCCGACUCGUCUUUUGUCACCUAUCUGAACUUGCACUUCCUCCUCCAGGCACGGAGGUCGCAGAGCAGCAGUGGGAGUGGUCAUGGGCCGAGGGUUAUGAUCUGUGGCCCGCCGGCGAGCGGGAAGAGCUCGCUGGCGAAGAUGCUGAUUGGUUGGGCGACGAGGCAGGGGGAGCAGCCUGUGCUGGCGACGGUGGAUCCGAGGGAUGGGAUGUUGGCUUUGCCGGGGACGUUGUCGGCGGCGGUGUUUGGUACGGUGAUGGAUGUGGAGGACCCGGAGGGGGGGGUUGGGGUGGGGUGUACCCCGUCUAGUGGGCCGAGUGCGGUGCCGGUGAAGUUGCCGGUGGGGUAUUACUUUGGGAGGGAGAGGGUGGAGGAUGAUGAGGGGCUUUGGAAGGAUCUGGUGAGACGGUUGGGGAGCUCGGUGAGGGCGAAGACGGGGGGGGAUCAAGGGGUGAGGAGAGGAGGUGUAGUUGUUGAUACCCCGGCCGUGGAGGUGAGGAAGGGGGAGGUGAAGGUAAAAGGGGAGGAUGGAGAGGAAGAGAGGGAAAGGGGGGGAGGGGUGGAGGGGUUGAUGCACGUCAUUAGAGAAUUUGCUGUCAAUAUCGUUAUCGUGCUUGGGUCACCAGACUUGGAAGCUGAGUUGAGACGCCGGGAUAGGAAGACACCACUAGGGGAGCCGGUUGAGAUUGUGAAUCUUGACAAACCUGAUGGAGUGGUGGAGCAAGACAGACAGCAUCUGCUCUCGUCACGCAAGGCUCUGAUCAAGGACUACUUUUUUGGCGAUUCCAAGCGAGCUCUUAGUCCUUCGGUGCAGUCGUUCAGUUUUGACGACGUCGUGAUCUUCAGGGCCGUUGAUGCCAUGGAUCUCGAUGACCCGAACCAGGUUCUGGAGCGCGCAGAAAUCUCAGAGGAAAUGUCACACUGGACGCUGGCGGUCAUGGAUGCCUCGGUCAAUGACCCCCUGGAGACAAUACGACAGGCGCCUGUCAUCGGUUGGGUUUGCGUAUCGGACGUGGACAAGGACAGACGGAGACUGAAGAUACUGUCUACGGUUAGCGGCCGGUUGACUCGGCCGAUGGUCUGGGGACGGUGGCCGGAGCCGUAUGUCAACCUGUUGGGUUAG